ACUACGUGGCUUAGGAGCCACAGCAGAUAUGUCUUUGCAGGUCUCCACUUUUUCCAGAGAGGGGAACCCAGAGGAAGAGAUUAUGGCUGCUGUGGUUUUUUCAGUUGGACCUCUGAAGUGAUCAAGCUUAAUAGAUGACAUGGAGAGAAAGAAGAUGUGUAAGACACAGUGCUUGGCUGUAGGGAGCUUACAGUCUCAUUGAGGGUCCUGAAGUUUCCCAGCCAGAGGAAGAUCUUCACCUUCAGGCAGAAGAACCAGAAUUGGUAAAGGAAUCAGUGACAUUUAAAGAUGUGGCUAUAGACUUCACAUUGGAAGAGUGGAGGUUGAUGGACCCUACACAGAGGAACCUGCACAAGGAUGUGAUGCUAGAGAAUUAUAGAAAUCUUGUCUCCCUGGGGCUUGCAGUUUCCAAACCAGACAUGAUAUCUCAUUUGGAGGAUGGAAAAGGACCAUGGGUGGUAGUGAGAGAAAUUUCAAGAACGCCCUAUCCAGAGUUGGAAACAAAACCUGCAACCAAGAAUGCUGUAACAACAGAGGAUAUUUCUGAAGAUUUAUCACAGAAAACCAUAGUAGAGAAACUCACAGAAAAUGAUCUGUGGGACUCCAAAAUGGCAGGAUUAUGGAAAUGGAAUAACAGAAUACUGAGAUUGCAAAAUAGUCAGGAGAGUCAUCUGAGUCAAAGAAUAGUUCCACGCAAGAAAGCUCCCACUGGUCAGAGAGGCUUUAUAUCUAUUCUUUUUUCAGAGCCAACAGUUAUCACAGAAGAGCCUUACAGCAAAUGCCAAACCCAUGAGGAGAAUUUCACAGAGAAUUUAGAUAUGAUUACAGAUACCCAUUUGGGGAAGAAAAUUUGCAAUGAUACAGAAGGCAACAAAGCCACAAGGCCUACUUCAGAAGUUACUUUAGAGAAAAAAACCAAUAAUAAAGAAAAACCCUAUAAAUGUAGUACAUGUGAAAAGGCCUUUCGUUAUAGGUCAUUACUCAUUCAACAUCAGAGAACUCACACUAAAGAAAAACCUUAUGAAUGUAGUGAAUGUGGGAAAAUGUUCAGCCAGCCUUCAUAUCUUAGUCAACAUAAAAAAAUUCACACUGGAGAAAAACCCUAUAAAUGUAAUGAAUGUGGAAAGGCCUUCAUUGCUUCUUCAUCACUUAUGGUACAUCAGAGAAUUCAUACUAAGGAGAAACCUUAUCAAUGCAAUGUCUGUGGAAAAUCUUUUAGCCAGUGUGCUCGCCUUAAUCAACACCAGAGAAUUCAAACUGGAGAGAAGCCUUAUAAAUGUAGUGAAUGUGGGAAAGCUUUUAGUGAUAAAUCAAAACUUGCAAGACAUCAGGAAACUCACAAUGGAGAGAAACCCUACAAAUGUAAUGAUUGUGGAAAAGCCUUUCGGAAUAAAUCAUAUCUUAGUGUACAUCAGAAGACCCAUACUGAAGAGAAACCGUAUAAAUGCAACGAGUGUGGGAAAUCUUUCAAGAAUACCACAAUUUUUAAUGUUCAUCAGAGAAUUCAUACUGGAGAGAAACCCUUUAGAUGUAAUGAAUGUGGAAAAGCCUAUAGAAGUAAUUCAAGCCUUAUUGUGCAUAUAAGAACUCAUACUGGGGAAAAACCCUAUGAAUGUAAUGAAUGUGGGAAAGCAUUCAAUCGUAUAGCAAAUUUCACAGAACAUCAGAGAAUUCAUACAGGAGAAAAACCCUAUAAAUGUAAUGAAUGUGGGAAAGCAUUUAUUAAUUAUUCAUGCCUUACUGUACACCACAGAAUGCAUACAGGAGAGAAACCUUAUAAAUGUAAUGAAUGUGGAAAGGCCUUCAUGCGUUCUUCAUCUCUAAUUAUACAUCAGCGAAUUCAUACUGAAGAAAAGCCUUAUCUAUGUAAUGAAUGUGGGGAAUCUUUCAGAAUAAAAUCACACUUAACUGUACAUCAGAGAAUUCAUACUGGAGAGAAACCAUAUAAAUGUACUGACUGUGAAAGGGCAUUUACCAAAAUGGUAAAUCUCAAGGAGCAUCAGAAAAUUCAUACUGGAGUGAAACCCUAUAAAUGCUAUGAUUGUGGAAAAUCCUUCAGGACUAAGUCAUACCUUAUUGUACAUCAAAGGACCCAUACUGGAGAAAAACCAUAUAAAUGUAAUGAAUGUGAGAAAGCUUUCACUAAUACGUCACAGCUUACUGUGCAUCAAAGAAGGCAUACUGGAGAAAAACCCUAUAAAUGUAAUGAAUGUGGGAAAGUUUUCACAAGUAACUCAGGCUUUAAUACCCAUCAGAGAACACACACUGGAGAGAAACCAUUUAAAUGUAAUGACUGUGGCAAAGCAUUUAGCCAGAUGGUACAUGUCACAGAACAUCAGAAAAUCCAUAGUGGAGAGAAACCCUAUAAAUGUGAUGUCUGUGGAAAAGCCUUCAGGAGGGGUUCAUACCUUACAGUGCAUUGGAGAACGCAUACUGGAGAAAAACCCUAUACUUGUAAGGAGUGUGGAAAAGGCUGUAUUACUCUAUCACAACUAACUCUACAUCAGAGAAUUCAUACUGGGGAGAGGCCCUAUAAAUGUGAGGAAUGUGGAAAAGCCUUCAGAACUAACUCAGACUUUACUGUACAUCUGAGAAUGCAUACUGGAGAAAAACCCUAUAAAUGUAAUGAAUGUGAAAAAGCCUUUAGGAGUAGUUCAAGCCUUACUGUACAUCAAAGAAUACAUCAGAGAGAAACUCAAUUAGUAUAGAGAAUAAAUCAUUUAUCCAGAUGUCAGCUCCGCAAGAAGAAUCUUAUAAACUAUAUACUUUAUCAAUGUGCAAAAACUUUCAGGAGCCAUUCACCAGAAAAUACUCAUUGAAGAGACACUUUAUAAACAUAAGAAUGUGGAAAAGCAGUUAGUCAUAUUAAAUCUUAGAAGUUACAAGAAAAGUGAUUUAAGAGAAAAUAAUGGACAAAUGAAAGGCUUCAUCCACAUUGCAUAUUUUAUUCAUUUAACAGAUUAUCUUCAAUGCAUUGCAUGUAUUUUUUUGCCUAUUUUUCUGUUGGUUUGUAUUUCUUAAAAAUCUGGAGGUGCUCUUUAUGUAUUUGAGAUAUUAAUCCUUUGUCAUGUGUGUUGCAAAUGUUUUUCUUAAUGUAGCAUUUGUCUUUAUACUUUUUAUAUAGUUAAAGAAGUCACAACAUAUUUUAAUUUUCUAUAGUAAAAUGUUUACAUCUUUUCUUUUUAGAUUCUUGAUUUACCCUUUAGUUAAAAGGGUCUCCUUAAUGCCUAGGUUGUACAUAGUCUCCUAAACUUAUAUCUAAGAUGCAGAUAAUUUUAUUUUUUACAUUGAAGUCUUUAAUCCAUCUGGACUGGAUAGCUAUUCAUAUAAGAGCAACUCCAAAUGGCCAUUAACCUAUGGAAAUAUUAUGAGCCUAAAUAGUACUCAGGGAAAGACAAAUUAAAAUGACAAAUAAGAUGUUGCUUCUACUUCAUGGAGUUGGAAAUAAUUGAGAUCUUUUGCUAGUGGGGUUUGGGAAGCCAUGUACUCUUACAAAAAGGUUAUAUCGACAUAUUUCCACCAGCAAUCCAGCAAUAUAUAUUUAAAGUUUUUAAAUAAAAGUUUAAAAUAAAAAUGCUUUGACCCAGCAGUCUCACUUUUGGGAAUCUGCCCCACUGAAAUAACAGCAUCAGUACAUAAGAAUACACAUAAAUAAGGAUGUUUGUUGAAGUAUUGUUUAUAGAGGCAAAGAAGAAACUCAACUGGAGAUAAAGUGAAUGUCCAUUAAUAGGGGAAUGGUUGAAUAAAUUAUGAUAUAUCCAUACCAUGGAACAGCAUGAGAGUAAUUUUUAAAAUGAGUUAUAUCUACGCUAGUUGACUUCAAGGUAUUUCCAGAAUUUUUUAAUAAGUAAUUGCUUGAUGACAGAGAUGUAUAUGUACAAGAUGUCAUUUUUGUUAAUGAUCACACACAUUUGUGUUUAUAUGUGUGUAUGUGAUUAGAUGAGCAUGGAAACAAGUAUAGAAGAAUAUACACUAGG